CACAGCCCGACGACGGGAUGUUGAUUAUCUGGGCUCUUUGGACUGAUAUAAUUGCACCAAGACGACGCGAUAAACGCUCAGAGGGGAGGAGGGGGUCAUAACGUUAUAACGACGCAUGCGCAAUGUGGUCUGUUGGACAUAUAGAAAGGUCUUUAUUCCAAAACUGAAGCUGCCAGUCUGAACGCCUCAGUUGAGCUCCUCUGCUACCUGGAUCCCUGAAUACAAAGUGAAUAGGUGUAUCUCCUUUCCACAAUGAGCCGGGACGUUCCCAUCCACAGCUGGUCCGGCUCCUAUUACAUCAACAGAGACAAGCGGUGGGAAAAUGGCACGCUGUCCCUCACCCGGACCGCGGUGCACUUUGUCUCCAACCAGAGUAAAGAGAGCCUGGCCAACUUCCGCCUCUCCAGGAUCAUGGAGAUCAAGAUGGAGUCGUCCAGUUUCAUCUUCAGCACUCUCACAGUGCUCGAAGAGGGCAACGUGAAACACUGGUUCGGUUCCCUUAAGCCCAACAGGGUGGUGGUGUAUAAUGUGUUGGAGCAUUUCUGGAGGGAACGCCUUCUGUCCCCUUCCUCGGAGGCCCGGGGGGCCGAAUGUCCACCCUCGAAGGGCAGAGAGCUGAUCCAUCUGGUGGCAGGGUCCGAGAAAAGACUGGAGGACACCGGCAGGGUCCUCAGCCACCAGGGAGAGCAGUUCAACAAUAUGAUGCAGGGGCUGGAGACGAUUGACUCUGAUCUGGGCGUGGCUGAUAAGCUUUUGUUGGAGCUGGAGUCUCCCUCCUGGUGGCCUUUUGGUAAACUCCCCUGGAAGUGUCAGCAGGAGGCGAAGGCCGAGGACGCCGCGAGAGCCGCCGCCGCCGCGGCCGGCAAAGGCUCCGGUAGAACGACGGUGAUCGUGAGCAUCCCGGCUGUCGUGACCCGAGGCGGGGACUCCGACUUGAAACCCGGAUGCCUGACGGUGCUGGUCUCCUCGCUGGAGGCGCGAGACGCAAACUGCCAACUCCUCCACCGCUUCGAGCGGAACGAAAUCGACGAGAUCCGGGUGCACAGUCCGUACGAGAUCGCCGUCAGACAGCGGUUCAUCGGGAAGCCGGAUAUAUGCUACAGGUUCCUGUCCGCCAAGAUGCCGGAGGCCAUGUCGGUGUUGGAUAUGCAGUACAAGAAGAAAGUGAAUUUCACGAGCGAAUACGCUGCUUUCAAAGCAACUCCAGUUUCAUCUCCGUGCGACACAGAGGGGCCAAGCUGGAACGAAGGUUUGCUGCAGAAGUGCCAAGAGACAGAUCUCCCACUGCAGCUCCCCGCAGGAGAGCUGUCCCAGUUGCAGGUGCACGCCCUCCAUCCGACCGUCAGUCAGGCCGAGGCCCAGGAGCUCAAGCAGAUGCUGAUGCAGCUGAAGAACCUUGCCCUGGAGGCAGAGACGGAGCUGGAGCGGCAGGAUGACGUUCUGGACGACCUGACCAGCUCCACUGACAGAGCCACCAUGCACAUAGAGAAGCACACCUGCCGCAUGAAGAGGCUGCUGUAGCUCUGACAGUCCCGCAGGCCCCUCCUCCCCUGAGAAAUGCACUGUGGACCAAUCCUGUGAAGGUGAUGAGGACAUCGCCCUCACAGGAUUGGUCCAAUGUGAAAACAGUGGGAAAUGGCAGCAUUAACUUGCAUCUAAAAAAAAUACUCCCUAGGAUGUUUGUUCCUUAUAAAAACACAUUUUGCUCAAUACUUAAGAUGUUUACCAAUAUCCCAUAUAUAUAUAUUUAUAUAUAUAUUGUAUAAAAAAUAUAGACAAAAUGUAGACAAAUA